AACGAGCCUCCGGCGUGACGGUUCCGGACGCGAAGCAGCGGGAGGAGAGAGCCGGACAGCGGGGACCCGGAAACCCGGAGACCCGGAGCGCUGCACCGGUCCGUGCCAUGAGCCGCUGAUUUCACCGGGACCGUCGGAGGAAGCCACACCUGCAGCUGACUGUCCACGGUGAAGCAGCAUGAACGGAUAUGAGUCUCCGGCUGUCGCCUCGGGCGUCUUCGGCUCCCAGAUCAACGGUCACGACUCUCGGUCUCCUGAACCUCCCAGGAACAAAACCAAGCCUGGUGCCAAAAUCACAAACGGAUCAGAUGAAAUGUAUUUCCUCCGCUCGUCGUCCAAACACAAAAAGAAAAGUCAAAAACAAAGGAAGCAUUUCUCCAGGAGCAGCAUCAACAGCCUGACCGACACGUCGCAGUACCACGUCGAGCACCUCGCCACCUUCGUGCUGGACCGGAAGGACGGGCUGAUCACGGUGGAGGACGGCGUGCGGCGGCUCCGCCUGCUGGACGCCAAAGGGAAGGUGUGGACGCAGGAGGUGCUGCUGCAGGUGGAGGAGAAGACGGUCAGCCUCAUCGACCUGGAGACCAGGAGCGAGCUGGAGAACUUCCCCGUGUCCUGCGUCCAGCACUGCCAGGCCGUCACCAACGCCUGCAGCUACGACUCCAUCCUGGCGCUGGUGUGUAAAGAGUCGGGCCAGAACAAGCCGGACCUGCACCUCUUCCAGUGUGACGACAUCAAGGCCACGCUGAUCCACGCCGACAUAGACAGUGCCAUCGCCGAUGCCAAAGGAGGGAAAGUGAAGAAGCGUCCGGAAGCUCUGAAGAUGAUCCUGAAAAGCGACGGCGCCAUCCCCCCGCCCCCCUCGGCGCCCGCCCCCGAGCCGCCGGCGCCGUCCGGACAGCUGGACGUGAAGAGCCGGGCGGCCGCCUGGUCGGCCUGGACCAAUGAGCAGCAGGACUACGAGCGUCAGCAGCAGCUCCUGGAGGACGGGGAGCCACUGGAGAUGACGGCGGCUCGAGUCGACCGAGACGUGCAAAUCCUGAAUCACAUCCUGGACGACAUCGAGUUCUUCGUCACCAAGCUGCAGAAAUCGGCCGAGGCCUUCAGCGAGCUGUCCAAGAGGAAGAAGAACAAGAAGGGCAAGAAGCGAGGGCCCGGGGAGGGCGUCCUGACGCUGCGCUCCAAACCUCCAGCCGAGGACGAGUUCGUCGACUGUCUGCAGAAGUUCAAGCACGCCUUCAACCAGCUGGGUAAACUGAAGGACCACAUUCAGAACCCGAGUGCAGAGGACCUGGUUCACUUCCUGUUCUCGCCUCUGAAGAUGGUCAUCCAGACGUCGGGCAGCGUGGAUCUGGCCCGCAGCGUCGUGGUUCCCCUCCUCACCAGAGACGCCAUCGAGUUCCUCCACGCCGCCGGCACGGCCGAGGAGCGCCACCUGUGGGUCGCUCUGGGAGACGGGUGGACCAAGUGCCGGCUGGAGUGGCCUAAGGACCAUUACUUCCCGCCCUGCGUGUUGCGGUUCCGUGACGGUUGGGAACCUCCGAUGCUGCCGGUGAUGAUCCGGAGCCGGGAGGACGUCAGUCAGCUGACGGAGAGCCUGAGCGGCGCCGACAUCCACCAGAUGGAGGAUCUGAGGCUGCGUCUGAACCCGGAGCAGCAGGUGGCGCUGCAGAGGUUCCCCCCCGCCGACGGGUACGCCCUCCCCGCCGCCUCCAUCAGGCGCGUGCAGUCGCUGGAUCAGGACGCGACCGUGGCGGCGUUGAAACACGCCUUCGGCCGCCACGUCGACCGGAGUUUGGACGUUCACACCCUUUAUGCCAAAUCGAAGUACGACUUUGUGGCCAGAAACAGCACCGAGCUGUCGGUGCUCCGAGACGAGGUCGUCGAGGUGCUGGACGACAGGAAGCAGUGGUGGAAGGUCCGGAACGGCUGCGGCGCGUCGGGCUACGUGCCAAACAACAUCCUGGAGAUCAGCCGGGCGGUGGAGCUGACGGCCCGCGGCGAGCCCGUCUACAGCCACACCAUCCAGCUCAUGAUGCCAAAGAAGGAGUUUGAGUUGUUUAAGCAGCUGCUCGGAGAACUUAACGAGAAACAGACCUCCAGGUCCGACUUCCUGCCCGGGAAAGCGGCGGCCACCCCGAUGCCUCCGCCCCCGACGCCGCCCGCCGCCGCCUCGCCCUCCCCGUCCCGGCUGCCCACGCCGCCGCUGCCGCCGCCGUCCGCCGAGCCCGCCGGCGCCGCCAGCACCGCCGUGACCCGGCGGGGCAGCGUCACGUCCGGGGAGAGCUCCGCCGCCGGCGCCGCCCUGAGGGAGCAGAACACCCCGAAGCCUGCAGCCGGGCGCAGGAAGUCCAACAUGGAGGAGGUCCAGGACGAGCUGAUGACCCGGCUGACGCUCGGCCGCAGCGCUCACAAGAAGUUCCCGGUUCCCGGACGAGGCGGCGGCGGCGGCGGCGGCUCGCCGUCCGUCAGCAUCACGUACGACUCGAGUCCGGACGACGUGAAGGCGUGGCUCCAGGCCAAAGGCUUCAGCCCAGUGACGAUCACCUCGCUGGGCGUCCUGACCGGCGCGCAGCUCUUCUCGCUGAACAAGGAGGAGCUGAAGACGGUGUGUCCGGACGACGGCGCCCGGGUCUUCAGCCAGGUGACGGUGCAGAAGGCGGCGCUGGAGAGGAAUUCGGGCUCUGAGCUUCAGGAGAUCAUGAGGAGGCGACAGGAGAAACUUGCCGCCUCCACCUGUGACUCGGGGGUGGAGUCUUUUGACGAAGGCGGAGCCCACUGAGUCCCCGUGGCCCCGCCCGCCGAGUCCCCGUGGCCCCGCCCCCUCCUCCUCCUCCUCCUCAGUGUGCAGCCUCGCUCUCGUCUCCAGGCGGCGGCCGAGCGGGCGGAGUUCGUGGAGAUCAUGCGUCGCCGCCAGGAGCUGCUCAGCUCGUCGCCGUAGAGGAGAGGAGAGGCGGGACGCCGCCGGGACGCCGCCGGGACGCCGCGCAGUGUUACAGCCGCUGGACGCCGUGUUCGAGCCUCACGGUGAAAACAUGAAACCACAACAAAAUCCACCUUUCACAUUAAAGUCUUCAUAUCCGCUGAAUUUGUCAAAAUCAUUGGAUCCAAAUAUUAUUGAAGAUGUUUUCUUUAUCAGAACAAGUUUUUUUUUUUUUUUAAUGGAAAUUUUCUUUCUCAAAAUAGCAGAGCAACGACCACGUUUCUGGUGUUUUCUGCACCAAAAAAAAAACCCUAAGUUUUGUGGUUUCAUCGAGAGGAUGAGGCGAAAAUCCCGUCGAGGCUCAAACAUCUGCGGAAAUCUGUCGACUUGACUCCAGAGUGACAAAUGUGAAUCUCAGAGUUUUUGGGCCAACAACUUUCUGCUGUUUUCAUUUUUAUUUUUUUUUUAUUUUAAGUUUCUAUAAAAAGAACAAAAAAAACACUUUGGAUCUGAUCAAGAAGCACAAACACUUUAUUCUAAACUGUAAUUUAUGAGCAGUAGAGAAGCUGUAGAGCGACCAUGCAGAUAUUAAUAUAUUAGUCUUGGCAUUUUUUUUGUCAAAUAUGUGAAUGUUUCUAAUCAGCAGAUGAGAAAAGAAAUGAGAAAAGUUAAAGACGCUGCUUCACUGAGUCUUUGUACCAUGAGAAUCAGGUUUUUCUGAUAAAUGAAUGAAUGUUUCUCCACUGACUCCAUGAAUGUUUGCUCUAAGCCCCGCCCACACCAGCGGUACCCCCGCCCAUAGUGAAGGUAGCUCCACCCACAUUCAAGCUCGCCCCGCCCACAGUGAUGUAUCUAUGCUGUAAAUUCUCAGAUAAGCGUUUUAUCUUCUAACAUGAUUGUUUCUUUUACUUCAGACUCUUCAUGACUGUUUUUAGAGGAAGAUUUUUGAAGAACAGAACUCGUGACUCGGCUUAAUGUCACAAAGUAAAAACUAUUGGUGCUGUGUUUCUAAUUUUGCUUAAAAUAAAAAAAUUGAAUGUAACUUUAAGCGGAACAAAGGGCUCUCUGAAAGUGGUUCUCUAAAGGAUUCUACAGAAAUGUCAAAUGUUGUCUUCAGUCCGUCUUAAAGUUUUCUACCUCCCAGCAGCACUGAGGCGUCGCGUUCAGUUCAGAUUCAUCGUAGCAUCACGAUGAAAUUAACAAAAUAAAGAAAACGUGACUGAACUGACAGUCUGUCGGCAUCGCAGCAGGACGCUCUUCAAAACUAUCAAAUUAUUAAAGCAAAGGAAUUUUAAUGCAGCGUUGUGAUGAAAUUACUAAAUUAUAACCUUUCAAGGAAAAUUACAUUUUCUGUUAAAGUUAAUAUCUUUUUCCCCAAAUGUCAACUUUGAAAAAAUGGUAAGACUAUAAUAAGACCACUUAUUGGUCUAAAAAUAAACAAAGGAAAAACAGUCAUAAUUUUGACUAUAAAGUGGUAAGGCUAUAGUAGGACCAUUCAUUGGCGAAAAAAGAUAAGAACGAAAUAUCUUCUGUUGAUGCACUGGAAAUAUUGCUUGACAUAAACACUCAGUUUCCUGCUGUUAUGAAUUAUUUUUCAACCUUUUUCUUUUACCUGAGAAGUUACAGUCGAGCCAUUCCUGCAAAAAAACAUUACAGACCAGAAGCUUUUUGAAAACAACUGAUUAGAAACAACGUUCAGAGCAUAAGCAAACAUUCUGGAAAGAAAAAAGGUCAAAAAAGUUUGAAUUUUGUGGAGAAAAAACUACGCAGUUUAUUUUAAUUUGAGGUUAAGAAGCAUAGCACGCACAGUGUAGUUUUAAAUUGAUAUCAGUAUUUUCAAAACCUUUGACAUCUUGAAGUUGCUCCGUGUUUUUCUGAUAAUACAUUUGACUUCAGACACUCUGGAAAAAGAAAUAUUGAUUGUCUUUGUUGUUGACACAAAUUUACUUUUUUUCUCCUGAUAAAUUUCCAACUUCUGCAGCAGAGGAAAUUCUCAGUGAUGAGAAUGAAACUGUAAAAGCUUUGAGAAUGUCCAGAGAACAGUCGACUCUUCUGCUUCUCUCUGAACUGUAGCGUCGCUGUGAUGAGCCGGGCGGAGUACUCCACCCGGAUCGGGUGUUCUUAGUCAUUAGAGGCCAAUCGUGAGGACUUUAGUGAACUUUAGUUUUCAUGGUGCCUUUU